AUGGCUUCUUCACAUCAGCCUCGAGGCAGAUCUCGAAACCGCUCUGGCGGACGUUCCUCCGAACACACCGACCGGUCCCUCGAAUCAACACCCAAAGCCGGCUCGAAGAGAUUGUUUAGCAAUCGCGAGUCCAGACAACUCAACGGCUCACAGACCAACGACAAAGUCACGCCUGAUACCGCAGAUGGAGGAGGAGGAGGAGAAGGUCGACACUCAGACAAACGCCAUCGCAGCAGCGACUGGCCUCUCUCCAACCCAAGUCCCAACAGCAUCUCCUCCUCCGCCGCCCGCCGACCUCUCCACAACCGCAAGACCCCAAACUCCCCCUCAUCUAGCCACCGCUCUCGAGCACGCUCUUUGAUCCGUCCGUCGAAGUUCGUGGAGGGAAGCAUGAACGAUCGCGUCAGCCAGGUUCCACCAGUUCCAUAUCUUGAGCCCGAAGAUGAGUUCUUGUCCGAAUACAACACUGCUGGAUGCGGCGAGGGAGCGCGUGGUAGGAAGUUGACACGCUCGCGGAUGUUCACGCACCAUCCUAAUGUGUCUGUCGCCGAGUCCUCAGCAAACCAGUCCGACGCCUCGCGGUCCUCGAGUAUCUUCCGCUUCGGCAAGUCGAUCGCAGCUUCGUUCAAUCCAACCAAUUGGAAAUUCUGGUCAAAAGAGCAGCAGGAGGAGGAAGAAGAGGAUGAGGAGGCGGCUCAGCUUAGGAUAUUGCAUGAGAGACAGGCGAAGGCGGAGAAGAUCUACCAGGAAUUGAAGGAGUCUGGUCAUUUCAGAGACUCGGCUGUUACGCCUCGAUUGUUUCCUCCUCCACCUCCUAUUUCGGAGAGAAAGGUUGGGAAGCAUGAUUCUGGCAUUGAGUUUGGUGAUCUGGAUAUGUCGGGUGCGAGUACAAGAGGUAGCACAUCUAUUGAGGAGAAGAGAAAGGGACGCAUAUUCUUGGAGCUACCGAAGGUCUCGCAGCAGCGUGGUGAGAGCCCUGGAUCGAAUUACUCGGCUUCUGUCGCGCAAUCCAAUACAUCUACGCCCAACAAGCCAAAGUUCAAUUUCAAGAAACCAUCUCUUGCGAAUUUGAAGAAGGCUUCAUUGUCGAACAUCAAGAGUGCGUUCGCGGGAGAUAGCAGUCUCAGCGUCAACGACCAUCAAGCACGUAGAAUUCCUUCCCGAAAGGAUCUACAGAAGCAGCAGAAGCUUGUUAAGCGGGUUAGCAACCUCGAGGAGAGACUCAAGCAAGCUCGCCAACAGCUCGCGGAGGCUCUGAAUGAACCACUUCCUUCUGCCUCGCCCGUCUCACAAGUUCCUUCUCGAGUUUCCAGAUCUAGAUUCGUUCCGGGUGCGCUGUCUUCUUUGCCGUCUGAGCGUUUGCUCAGUGGGUAUGUUAGUUCUGAGGCGGGAUUCAGUGAUGAUGAGAUGCGCAAUGGAAUUGGUCAGGCUGUGUCUACGGAUCAUGUUAUGAGCAAUACUCAUUUCAUGUCUGGAGGUUUAGGUCGUGAGCAGACGAAGGCGGUUGAGCAAAUUGCCGGAUCUUUGUUUACUCCGGAAGCCCAACAGGAUGAUACUGUCAUACAAAGCGUGGAGGAUGGCUCGCCAGCUCUUUUGGAGCCUAACCCUGCAAGCAUUGAAGACAAUUUACAAGAUGCGGAAGUGACACCAACCAAGCCAAAGGAUACCGAGAUGGCCAAGGAUGAAGACGAGGAAGUCACACCAAAGCCCAAGUCUCAAUCCAAGCCAGCUGAACACACCAAGAAGCGCAAGAGCAUCUUCGAGCGUGUCCCUGAUGAUGGAGGUGACUAUACUCCUUCUAGAGAUGAAGACGAUGGUGACGAUCUGGCGGACGACGUUGUCUCUGACGUCUCAUCCAUCAGCAAGCCAAAGCACAAGUCAACCUCCACAUCCACCAAAGCCUCCAAGACUUCCACCACUCGAGGCAAAGGCCCAACAAUCACCCUCCAACACCCUCGCAAGCUGCAAAAGACUGUACCAGGACCUAAGGCCACAGCCAAGACAACUGUAUCCAAGACCUCUCCUCCUUCAAAGAUUCCGAAUUCUGUAUCAUCUUACCGCCCAUCAAUCCCACCACCAACUCGUGCCGCACCUCCUCCACCACCACCAAGCCAAAAGAAGUUCCAGAACAACCACAUCACCAGCCCCCCACCUUCCGCCCGCUUAAUGAAGAUGAACAAAGCUACCCUCCUACCAACCAACCGCCAACAAUCCGCUUCUCCACCCCCAUCAUCAGCGACUUUCACCGGUCCAGGACUGAACUACAAAAAGCCAAGUCAGAGACAAUCCCGCAUUCCGUCCAAAGCUCCUUCCACUUCUCGCCACAAUGAUGACGAUGAUGAAGAAGAUGAUGCGUACAUCGCCGACCCAGCUCUAUCGCCUUCUAUUCCUCCCUUGCCACCCAUGCCGAAAGCUGUGCGGCUUGCUAGUGGAGAGGUUGUCAGCACUGCUGGUAUGGUGAAGAAUGUCUCGGGAACAGCUUCGUCGAACGGUGGUGUCGUGAAUAGAGAGACAAGAGAGCGCGCCGCUGGGAUGACGGCUUCAAGUAGUAAGCAGUCGUUUGAGUGGCCUGAUGAUGUCUUCUGA